UCACAAUUUGAACCUUGAAAUUGCACUCACGACCGCUGCGUGCAUCUUUCCCAGAAUUCGCGAAUCGAGCCACAACCUCUCGACUCGAAUUGCAACCUACCAUCCGGCGCAACGCACAACUUGGUGCUGCAUCUCGGUCCACGUGCUCUCCAUCCCACAACUUCACACGACUCUAAAGAUCAUCCGUGUGCAGCGAAGCGCUGCUGGGAGCUGCUCAUCAAUCAGGACGGGAGACAGCUAGAACACCAAAAGGAAACAAAAGCGCCUCAACAUGGCCCUUUCCGAAGACUCCAAGGAGCGCAUCGUGCGCACCGUCGACUUCGGCAAGCAAGUCUUGCACUACGGCUGGGUGCCAUUUGUGCUCUACAUCGGCUACACGCAAGGAGGAAGGCCGAGCUUGAUCAAGCUCAUCUCUCCUCUCGCUUAAAGUCACACACGCACUACUACCACUCUGAAUGGACAGCAGCCACUCAUCACUCUCGAGAAGCAGGCGUUUAGGGCGGAAGCUGCUUUAAGCUUACCUGUCAGCACAACGCGCGAAGGAUGCAAGACGCCGAAGGCGCUUUUCGAGGAGUGCAAGUCUCUUCGAGGUCUACAGCAACCUCUCUUUGAACACACCGAUCGGCUGCAUGCGACAUGGAAAACCCUAAUCAGUAGAGAAUACGCGCACCAUCCAUGCUUAUGAUACCGA